GUGAUAAAAGGAAGAAUCUGCUACGCAUCUAGCUGCUUGGUAACGAUAACGUAAAAUGGGGCAAUCCCUGUCGGAACCAGAAACCUCCAAACAAUCGGCCUUUUGCCAGAAUGAUUACUACAAGGUCGGUUCUAGUUGCAUGCAGGGUUGGCGAAUGCACAUGGAAGAUUCGCACACGCACAUACUCUCGCUACCCGAUGACCCCGGGACGUCCUUCUUUGCCGUGUACGAUGGGCACGGGGGAGCGAAGGUGGCCGAAUAUGCCGGGAAGCAUCUACACAAGUACAUCACCCGCCGACCGGAGUAUGGCAAUGACGUGAAGCACGCCCUGCAGCAAGGGUUCCUUGAUCUAGACGAAGCGAUGCUGAACAAUGAGGCUUUGCGGGAGCAGAUGUCCGGAUCGACGGCUGUAGUGGUGCUCAUCAAAGACAACCGCCUGUACUGUGCAAACGCGGGAGAUUCACGAGCGAUCGCAUGUGUCGACGGACAUUUAGAUGUACUGUCGUUCGACCAUAAGCCAACCAACGAAAAGGAAAGGGAACGAAUAAGCAGCGCCGGUGGAUAUGUGGAGUACAAUCGGGUAAAUGGAUAUUUGGCACUAUCGCGUGCAUUGGGAGAUUUUGGUCUAAAACGCAACACACAAAUAUUGCCCUCGGAGCAAAUGGUAACAGCCUAUCCGGAUGUGGAGGAACGCGAAGUAGCGGAAAGCUGGGAUUUCCUCGUUAUCGCCUGUGAUGGCAUAUGGGAUGUGAUGUCUAGCCAGGCCGUGCUUGAAUUUGUGCAGGAAGAAAUUGCUCAAGGUAUCUAUCCGCAGCAGAUUUGCGAAAAUUUGAUGAUGCGCUGCUUGGCCCCAGACUGCCAGAUGGGGGGCAUCGGUGGCGACAACAUGACGGUAAUUGUCGUAUGCUUCUUGCAUGGUCAACCGUACGAGGAGCUUGUCAAUCGAUGCAAGGAAGCCAUCUCGAAGCGGCUGGCGCGUUCGAAAAAACGGCGCAGCCAUUCCAAUCGCUCGCAUGAAAGUGAAGCUGAGGAACAUACGGGCAAUAGCCACAGCUUGGUAGCACCGACAGCCGAAGGAACUGGUAAAGCAGAUAAUGGACGUUUAGAGGACGAUUCAUCUGGAAGUGAGAGCGAACGUGCAGAGGACGUGCAAGCACCCUUGAUGAUGACGAAGUCAAACGGUAAUGAGAAUGUCGCGGAACACGCAUUAACCAGUAACGGAGAACAAGCGGCCGAAAAACCAUCCACAUCGGAACAGUCGACACCGUUGAAAUCAGUUGACGUAAAGCAGAAGCAGGAACAAUCUGACAGCAAUAACGAUAGUGCAGAUGAUACCAGUGAAGAGAUUGAUCUAAAGUAGAGUAUUUGACAAUGUGUAAGGAUUGUCCUUCGGCACCAGUUCAGUUCGUACGCUCAGUUAAGCCCAUCCGGUUCGGUGCUAGGUGUGUAAAUUAUCCUUUCCCCUUUAACCUGUUUCAUGGGAGUGGUUGAUGGUUCCAUGGGUUUCCCUGAUUUACAGUGCGUAGCAUAACUAUGAUGAUAAUCUUUUUUACUCUUUUACUGUGGCAGGUGGACGAAAGUAGCGCAUGAAAUCAGACCGAUAGCUUACCUUUUGUUACAUAGCUUUAAUUGAUACGAACCGAAAAAUAUAGAUAAUUUUGUUUUUAACGUUUGCUAUAAAACCUCCAUUUGUAGGGUAAAAACACUAACGCAUGACUCGCGAAACCGCCGGGUACAGGACAUACUUUUGGCUGUAAUGUGCACCUCGCGAUACGCUUACGUUAGAAAAAACUAUCCCCGUAUGAGUAAUGCAAUUUAAAGCGCUGACCAAAUUGAGACAUUCAAUGCUCUGAGAAAUUUUAAAGUGUGCAACAUUGGAAAUCCAUUGUUAUUCAAUAAAUGGCCUUUGGGCUCUGUUUGAUUGAUUUCCUCGUCCCAGUUCGCAAUAGUUAUUUACCAAAUUUUAUGUUUUAUGUAGUACCGUUUUUAUGGUUCUGUCACGCACUGUAUUGAAAGGGCUUUGUUUGUUUAAUUCAAGAUCUUUUUGCGUAGUCUUUUGGUGGAUAGACAAAUUGGUAACGUUAAGUAAGUGUAAAGGAAAACUAUGUUCAAUACGCUUAUAGGAAGCAAAUAAUGUAAAGAAAGCGUUAAACAGAUAUCAUGCAAAGGUAUGAGAAACAGAAAGCUCCCGUACAUGCAAGAGAUAAGGGUAUGAAUUUUUGAUAUCGCCAUUAUGUAGACGGGACCUUCGAUACUACCAAAGUUGGGUGCGUGAAUAGUAGAGAAAUACAGAGGAUAUAUAGCUUACAUGUAUAAAUACGUUUAUACGUGGUUUCAUAUCCGUAACUCUGAAAACGCUUUUUAGCAAAACUUACAACCGUACGUGGGCAACGCAAAAUCAACCCGGUACUCAUUAAUCUUGCCUUUCUUCACAUUCAAAGUACGGUAGCGUCUAUAUAAGCCGGGAUGUAAUCAAAGGGUAUAAGGUAUGCAUCGCUCAACGGUGCUGUUCCAUGUUGCUGGUACAUAAUUAAUUUUCAUACAUGAAAUGGCUGUCCUGUUCCUGUAAAUACGCUGAAUGUUUUGUAUAAAACAAACUUUUUUAAAAAAACAACUCUUUAGCGUCUAAUGUCAACACCGCUGUAACGGUAGUAGUAUAUUAGCAUCUCGGUCCUGCCUUUCCAUGGACUGUCGGUGAAACUAGGCUAGAAACUCUCGUAUCAGUGCUUCCACGCGGAUCAGCAAACAGAAACAAAAGACGUAACACAAGACGUAAACUACACACAACCAUCGCGAAAGAGUAUGUGGCAGGAAGAACAAUCAUUUGAUCGUGACUCAUGAUGAUUUCUCUGUUGGCCUAAGAAAGCGUAGUCUAUCUCAAACCAAAGAAGACAACCGAAACCAGUGAAACGAUGUAUAGGGCAGGAAACACGUUUAGUAUCACUCUUCCCCCCUAUCCAACAGACCGCGUGUUAGUACUGUAAAGACAUGGGGUAACUAAGAAAAGUAACACUAAAGUUUGACGGAUAAUGCAUAGAACUGACCACAGUGAAACAGCAGUCUAUGUAAACUAUUGUAAACUAUCCAAACACGGGGACAGA